AUGCCAGAAUAUACAGUAGAGGACGUAUUAGUGAAGCUUGAAGCUUUGUUCAUCAGCGAUGCAUCUGUAUGCACAACUGAUCUUGCAUCAGACCUCCAGCUUGAGCACCAGAAAGUCGUUGGCUUCAUGAAGUCGAUUCAAGCAGCCGGAGAUUACAUUUCAGCCACCGACAGGGUCAAGGUCGACGUGACGCUGAAGCCAGAGGGAGAAGGCAUCGCAAAGAAUGGUAGCCACGAAUUCGUUUUCUGGUCGAAUGUGCCGGAAGAGGGAAUUACUCAAGGAGACGCGAUGAAAAACAUUCCAAAUGCUAAACUUGGAAUGGGAAAAGCACUUGCGGCGAAGUGGAUUUCAAAGAACAAGGAAGAUGGAAAGAUUUACAGAGCAGUCAAGGAAACUCCAGAAGAUACUAUCGGCAAUAUUUGCAAGAAAGUCGCUGCAGGCCAGCCACUAGAAGCAAAAGAGCUUGCUGAUGCCAAGAAACGAAAGCUCGUUGAUGAGAAGAAAUUAACCGUCUUUGACUUGAAGAAAUCAGCUGGCUUCAAAACGACCGUCGAAAAGCCAGAAACGGAACUUACAAAAGAACUUCUCGCGAAUGAUGCGUGGAAAAGCAAGACUUUCAAAGAAUACAACUACAACGCUACUGGUGUUCGACCCCCACAUGGAUUCCUCCAUCCUCUUUUGAAGCUCCGAAGCGCCUACAGAAAUAUCUUCCUCGAAAUGGGAUUCGAAGAGAUGCCAACAUCGAAUUUUGUCGAAUCAUCAUUCUGGAACUUUGAUGCCCUCUUCCAGCCCCAGCAGCAUCCAGCGAGAGAUGCUCAUGAUACUUUCUUCCUUUCUGAGCCAGCAUCGGCUUUGAACGAUCCACCAGCAGAUUACCUCGAGCGGGUGAAAAACAUCCACAGUCACGGUGGUUUCGAUUCCAAAGGCUACGGCUACGACUGGAGCAAAGAAGAAGCCAUGAAAAAUGUUCUCCGAACUCAUACCACCGCUGUUUCCGCGAAAAUGCUCUACAAACUUGCUCAGCAGAAGGAAUUCAAGCCCACUAAAUAUUUCAGUAUCGAUCGCGUCUUCCGAAAUGAAACUUUGGACAACACUCAUUUGGCAGAAUUUCAUCAAGUCGAGGGACUCAUCGCUGAUUACAAUGUCUCGUUAGCUGACUUGAUUGGCGUCCUCCACACUUUCUUCAAGAAACUCGGAAUCGAAAAGCUCAAGUUCAAGCCUGCAUACAACCCAUACACCGAACCGUCUAUGGAAAUUUUCUCGUAUCACGAAGGAUUGAAAAAGUGGACCGAAAUCGGCAACUCUGGAAUGUUCAGACCAGAAAUGUUGAGGCCGAUGGGAUUGCCCGAAAACGUGUCCGUCAUUGCCUGGGGCUUGUCGCUAGAACGCCCAGCGAUGAUCAAAUAUAAAAUGAAUAAUAUUCGAGAGCUCUGUGGCUACAAAUACGACCUUCGAAACGGUCAAAAUGCCUCAAUCUGCCGCGUUGACUUCGAGAGAUUGCGAAAAACGUGUCCGGUGCGCGCGCGUUUCGGCGAUUUGUCGCGGCAAACGAAUUUGCGCAAGUUGAACUCUUGGCUCAGCGAGCGCUCGUACCUCGUCGACGAUGUAGCGACAAAACUCGAUGUUCAAGCGCACGCGCAUGUUCAACCCGAACUAGUCGAUAAUUACGCGCACGUGGCUAGAUGGUGGAAUCAUAUCGCCACUUACAAAGGCGAAUAUGAAUUCCUCCCGGAUGGCAAAUUCUAA